AUGGGAUCCUCUAUAAAUUAUCCAGGUUUUAUAAGUAAGCCGAACCAAAGGGCCAUUAGUAGCCCCACUUUCCAACGAGAAAGCGUUAAUACUAAGCAGGGGACAGCCAAGUCCAAACUGUCACUGGCUCUUCAAAUCCACAAAGAUGAGAAAGAUGACGGCAUGGACCCGAUACAUAAAGAGGAAGUUCAAGACGCAGACACGGAUUCAGAUUAUUCAUCUUGCGACGAAAAAAACGAGGAGAGUUUGAGAGACUACAAGCCGGGCGGGUAUCACCCAGCAUUUCGAGGCGAAACCUAUAAUGGAGGCAGAUACAUGUUGGUGCGAAAGCUAGGGUGGGGCCACUUUUCCACUGUUUGGCUCGCCAGGGAUACCGUCAGCAACGCUCACGUAGCGAUGAAGAUUGUGCGGAGCGACAAAGUUUACACAGAAGCCGCACUGGACGAGAUAAAACUACUGCGGCGAGUAAGUACCCGUGAUGGGUCUCUCGGAGGGUAUUACGACUCUUCUAAACACAUUCUAAGUCUUUCAGACAGCUUUGAGCAUACUGGCCCUAAUGGCAAACAUGUCGUAAUGGUAUUCGAAGUUUUGGGAGAAAAUCUGCUCGCUUUGAUAAAAAAAUAUGAACAUCGCGGCAUCCCGGUGAUGUACGUAAAGCAAAUUGCCAAACAACUCCUAUUGGGUCUUGACUACAUGCAUAGGAAAUGCGGGGUUAUUCACACAGACAUCAAGCCCGAGAAUGUUCUCAUGGAGGUGGGAGACGUUGAAGCGAUUGUCAAGAUGGUUGAGCUAUUGGACAAGCAGAAGCGAGAUCAGAGAAAAUUCCAGAAACGAGCUACGAAAACUGCUAUAGAACCCUCUGUUAACAUAGCUUCUGUCAAUUCUUCAAGGAGUAGCACGUCCACUUCUUUAGAGAGGAGUGGCACCCGUAGAGUUCGAAGACACACCCUUAUAACCGGCUCACAGCCUUUGCCUUCUCCCAUAAGUUCAACGAAUUUCUUUGAGAUGAAAUCACAGAUGAUGGGACAGUCACUUCCCCGCCCAAUGCCUUCUUCAAAGAGCAAUAUUAACAUUUCCGGAGGUGAAGAAGAGCAGGUCACUAAUUCACUAUCUUCGCUGGAAAUUUCUACAUGCACUGACGAGCAUGCAGAAGAUGCAACCCCCAGAAACUUAGACGUUAUCCAAAUCAAAAUUGCCGACCUCGGGAAUGCUUGUUGGUACGAUGAGCAUUAUACCAACUCUAUUCAAACACGGGAGUACCGCUCCCCAGAGGUCAUAUUGGGGUGCGAAUGGGGUUGUAGCGCCGAUGUGUGGUCUGCAGCUUGCUUAAUUUUUGAAUUACUCACUGGUGACUUUUUGUUCGAGCCUGAUGAGGGCCAUUCAUAUACCAAGGACGAUGAUCAUAUUGCUCAGAUUAUAGAACUUCUAGGCGAGCUACCGUACAAUAUGUUGGAGACUGGUCGCCAUUCUCGAACAUUUUUCAAUUCAAAGGGCAUGCUACGCAAUAUAUCAAAGCUCAAGUUUUGGCCUUUGAAGGAUGUACUUCAUGAAAAAUACAAAUUUUCUGAAGAGGAUGCAGAGAAUAUUUCUGACUUUUUACUCCCAAUGCUGCGCCUAAGUCCACAAGAUAGAGCAGAUGCCGGCGGGAUGGUUAAUCAUCCAUGGCUAGAGGAUACCGUAGGAUUGGAAGGGCUGAAAUUAGACAGCCGCUCGUUAUAUGACAGCGGUGCUGGUAUUCCUGGUUGGUUUCAAGAAGUUCCCCGAAAAUAG